AUGACGUUUAACGGUGGAGUUAAGUCAUUUCCCGUCGUCUAUUGCGACGGUGAAAGAGAAUUCGAUCUCGGAAUUCUCACGGUGGACCCGACCAUGAAUAUCAAGAAUAUUCUCUCCGUUCUCAGUCAUAAGAUUGGGAUUUCGUCACACCAGUUUUCUGUUUUCAUAGCCGAUAAAAACAGUAACCGGAAAAUUCCUGUCACUGCUAAGAUCAACCUCCCCACCGUGUCUCAUGACGGUGGCGCUGAGUAUGUUUAUGUUAAGCGGUCAAGACGCUCUAAGAAGUCUUUGAUGAAGAACAGAAACCUAUCCGAGAAACUCAUGCAUCUCCGUCGGGACGGUUCACAGUUGGCGUAUGCGGUGGCGCCUUCGCUUUUUAAACGAGUUGAAAUGGAGAAAAUGAUAUGGAAUUUAUACAAGGAAAGAGAUGCGGCGUUCUUGAUGAGUUUGGAAGAUACGGUUGAGUGUUGGAGGAGGGGAGCGCCGGUGGGAAACGGCGGUGGAAGUGGAUGUGCUGUGUGUAAAGAGUACGUUUGA